GAAGACUUUAACGUUGCUCUACUGUUUUCUUUUACCUAUGUGUAUCUGAAGAAGCAAAAACAAUCUUCUGCACGUUCUGAUGGUGACUUCAUCGUUCAAAUCAUUGCACUUUCUACUCGGCCUGUUUGUUUCCUUGAAGCUCUUGGCCUUAGCUCAAGAGGAAAACCAGUUCAUCUAUCAUGGCUUCACUGGAGCCAGCCUGCUCCUCAGCGAGAUUGCAAACAUCCAUCCAAAUGGUCUCUUAGAGCUGACAAACACUUCAAAACGGAUAAUUGGCCGGGCUUUCUUCCCAUUCCCUUUUCAGUUCAACACAUCUUUAUUCAACAAUUCUCGGUCUCUCUCAUUCUCUACCCAGUUUGCGUUUGCCAUGGUUCCUGAGCUGCCUACACUUGGUGGCCAAGGCAUGGUCUUCACAAUCUCUCCAUCUGUGGACUUCACAGGGGCUUUGGCAACUCAGUACCUUGGAAUCCUCAAUUCUACAAGCAAUGGCCUGUCUUCAAACCAUCUAUUGGCAGUUGAGCUGGAUGCAGUUCCAAGCCCGGAUCUUAAAGAGAUCAAUGACAGCCACGUUGGAAUUGAUGUAAACAGCUUGAUAUCCAUUGAAUCUGCUCCGGUGACCUACUUUUCAGAUGAGGAAAAGGAGAAUAAGAGCUUGACUCUCACAAGUGGUCAUGCGAUGCACGUGUGGAUAGAUUAUGAUGAAGUAGAGAAGCUACUCAAUGUUACAGUUGCUCCUGUCACAAGAACAAAACCAACCUUGCCUCUCUUGUCAACAUCUCUCGAUCUUUCUUCUGUUAUGUUGGAUUCUAUGUACGUUGGUUUUUCUGCAUCUACUGGAGCAGUGGCUAGCAGCCACUAUAUUCUGGGGUGGAGCUUCAACAGAGGCGGACAAGCUCAAAGUCUUGACGUGUCAAAGCUGCCUACACUUCCUCCUCAAAGAAAAUCAAGAAAGAAACCAUAUUUAAGAAUUGCGGUCCCAACAAUAACAGCAAUCAUUUUGCUGGUAGCAAUCUCUGGUGAUGUUUGUAUAAUAAGGCGGAAGAAAUAUGAAGAACUGCGCGAAGAUUGGGAACAGGAAUAUGGUCCUCAAAGAUUCUCCUACAAGGAUUUAUACAAAGCAACCAAGGGUUUCUCAGACAGUGAGUUGCUGGGAUGUGGGGGUUUCGGAAAGGUUUACAGAGGAGUAUUGCCUUCUUCCAAUAUGCAAGUCGCGAUCAAGAAAGUAUCCCAUGAUUCCAGGCAAGGUACUAAAGAAUUCGUUGCUGAGAUUGUUAGCAUGGGGAGGCUGAGGCACAGGAACUUGGUCCAGCUCUUCGGGUAUUGCCGGCGAAAGGGAGAGCUCCUCUUGGUCUAUGAUUAUAUGCCCAAUGGAAGCCUUGAUAAACUCCUAUUUCGCAAUGACACACCCAGCCUUAAUUGGGCUCGGCGAUAUCAAAUCAUCAGGGGAGUUGCGUCUGCCCUUCUUUACCUCCAUGAAGAGUGGGAACAGGUUGUUCUGCAUAGAGAUGUGAAAGCUAGCAAUGUUCUAUUAGAUGCCGAUCUUAACGGACGGAUAGGAGACUUUGGUCUAGCUAAGUUUCAUGACCAUGGAUCAACUCCUCAAACAACCAAAGUGGUUGGAACAGUUGGAUAUCUUGCACCAGAGAUUACUAGAACAGGAAAGUCAACUACCUGCAGCGAUGUUUUUUCUUUUGGGACAUUUAUGCUCGAAGUAGCAUGUGGAAGGAGGCCUGUAGAGUCAGAAAGACCACCUGAGGAGGUUGUUCUGGUUGACUGGGUACUUGAAUGCUGGAAAAGAGGUGCCAUUCUAUGGACAGUUGAUCCUAGAUUUGAAGGUAACCACGUUGAGGAAGAAAUGGAGUUGGUCUUGAAGCUAGGCCUGCUCUGUACACAUCGCACUCCGGCAGCCAGACCUAGCAUGAGGCAAGCGAUGCAAUAUCUGGAUGGAAAUGCCACUUUACCUGAUUUACCACUGCACGGUGCUGGAAUCGGUUUAGUUCCAGUUAGCAAUGAAGCAUCUAGAGAGCAUGUUUUAACAAUCCCUAUAUCAUCAGAUGGAAUUUCUUCCUAUUCCUUGUCCGACUCUGAUUCAAUCCUCAGUGGUCGUUGAACCAGCAAUGCUUCAUGGAGGAUUGAUUACGUAAAUAUGUACAUUAAGACUUGUUCGAUGUGAAAUAUAGAGGAAAGGUGCCGCAGAAUUUUUAAGAUUGUAGCAUUUGUGUAAUUUUUUUCCAACCACUUAUAUCUUGUGAGUUGUUACCAUAAAACAGCCGCCCUCCCUGCAGAUCGUGAACCCAGAGGCAAGGAGGGCUUGUAGGAGUUAUUCAAUUGUGUUAAAAUUAUAUAGUUCGAUUAUU